AUGUUUUCUGAAGUCCUUUUGACUGACCUCAUCUUCCGAGGCGAAGCGACCAUGUGGGAUCAUCUAUGCCUUGCAAAUUGGAUUCAGGGUUUGAUGACGCAUCAGAGAAUUUUCAUGGAACAUCUUUCCUACUCGCGGGAGGCCGCCCAGGCUUUGGUGGUCGCUGCGCACAACGGCAACCUUGCUGAGGCUUUGAAGCAGUCUCGCAAGCCGGAGGCGCGGGCUUGCGACUUCAGGGGCUUGGGGCAAGCGAUUCCUAGGGGAUGCGGCACAGCAUUGCAUCAGGUUGGAGAUAGUGCUGCAUUCCGUGCUGCCACUGGCUCACUUGCUUUCAAUCAGGUUGUGGUUUUUAUACUAUGGUGCGCACAGUCGUGCCAAUGA